CGUCAUCAAUGACGUCAUCGAUGACAACAAUAACAACAGCGAAGAUUACACUAACAAGAAAGCAGCUACAACAACAACAGCUGCUGCAGCAACGUCAGCAGCUGUAGAAGCAGCAGCAGAAGCAUCCCUACCAACAACAACAUUUCCCAUUACGUCAUUGUCUCCAACGACAUUUUAUCCGAUAUCCAAAGACCAAACAGCAGCAGCAACAACAAUGGCGACAACAACAUCAACAACAGCAUCACCAUUCAAAAAAAGCAAUCUAAAAAAGCCCAAAUCAACGUCAUCAUCUUCUCCAUCAUCACUAUCAGAAAACAAAACGAACGGUGAUGGCAAAGUUCAAACUAAAUUUAAUGAUUUACCUGAUUAUCUAAUUGGGUCGAAGGAGGUAAGUAGGUCAGCCGAUGUGGAUGAGUCGGAUGACGUUUGCAAGUCUGAAAAUUAUGCAAGUAGGUCAGAUUAUUUAAAGAGGUCAGGUUACGAACGAAUCAGAUUCGACCCUCUGGUCAUCUUGCUGGACGCUUCUUUGCAGGGCGAACUGGACGUCGUCAAAGAUAUCGUCGAAAAGUACGGCCACAAGAGAAUGGUGAACGACGAAGGCAUAACGGCACUGCACAACUCAAUAUGUGCAGGCCACUUGCAUAUCGUCCAAUACCUCGUCAACAGUGGCUGCGAAGUCAACGCUCCUGAUAUCGAUCUUUGGACUCCAUUGCAUUGCGCGGCAUCUUGCAACAACUUGAAGGUGUGUCGUCUGCUGGUUGAACAUGGCGCCUGCCUAUUCGCCACUACAGACUCCGACAAAUGCGUAAUGAAGAAAAUGAAAACCUCGGGUCAUGAGCUACGAGCCGCUUUUACAUACGAACCAGAAGAAACGGACGAGCUUGCAUUUGAAGCCGGUGACAGCAUCAUCACUAUCGAUCCUAAUCCAUCGAAAUCCAAAAAGAAUGAUAGAGAUAAUGAUGAUGAAGAGGAAGAAGAGGAUGGUGAUGACGGUGAUGAAAAUUGGUGGUUAUGUAAAAAUUUAAGAACUUCUAAAGUCGGUUUGGUGCCUAGAAACUAUUUGUGCCUAGCCUGAGAGAAAAUUUAUAUAUGUAUGUGUGUAUUUAUUUCGCGAUAUAUUGUUUUUCAAUAUCAUUAUGUGAAAAUGUGACAUUAUUUUUCAGAAAAAUAUUUUGCUUUAGUUUAUUACUAAUCUAUAUCAAAAAACCAUAUCAAUCAAUCAAAUCAAUCAAUCCUUCAUUCAUUCGCUCAAUCAUUCAUUAGUCAUUCAUUCACUCAUUCAGUUUUUGUGUUAAUAAAUAGUAAAAUAGAAUUUUUUUUCAUA